AUGCCGCUUCCACCUGCGGUCGAUAAAUUAUUACAAGAUGUGGAUAAAAAAUUGCAUGAGGACAAUGCUGUGACGAAUUUGUUGGCGCAAAUUGAAGCAAAAGCAGGAAUUAAGCGAUUACAUCUUGUACUUGGUUUUGUCGGAAUUCAUGCUCUGUAUUUGAUAUUUGGAGCUUUUGCUGAACUUUUGUGCAAUAUUAUUGGCUUUGUCUAUCCGACAUAUAUCUCAAUCAGAUCAAUCGAAGCUUAUCAUAAGGAUGACGGCGCACAAUGGCUGACCUAUUGGGUUCUCUUUGCAUUGUUCAGCAUCGUAGAACACUUUUCGGAAACGUUCGUAGUAUAUUUCCCGAUCUAUUGGCUUCUCAAGUGCGUCUUCAUGUUAUAUUUGUAUUUGCCAAUGACAAGAGGUGCGCAGAAAGUUUACUAUCGCUUCAUACAGUCAUUUAUGCAAAAACAUCAAUCAGCUAUUGAGAAACAAAUGGGUCGUAUGACUGAAAAUUUGACAAAUAAACUUGAUGCAGUGCGUCAAGAAUUUGAGACACAUGUGAAACCGAACUGA